UCUCAUCCAUGAAGUAUAAUUGCUUGUUUUGGAAGCAGGAACUAGUGGGAUGGACUGGAAAAGUUCUAUUAAAAUGGGGGAUUCAAAUGAAAACUUAUAAACCAUCCUCAUGCGUGCACCAACUGUAGCCAGUUUUUACUCCGAUUUGAAUCGGUGAGUCGUAGGAAACAGUUACCCUUCUAAACACACCAGAGAGAAAACCUCUUCACUUCGAACCUGAGACAAAUCUGAACUGCAUCGAAAACUCUCUAACUCUCUGCAAAACUCUGUGUAACCUUUAUACUUACUGGUGUGAGUAAGUUUGUACACCGGAGGCAUGCGGAACUUGUGUUGAUGUGGUCAGUGGUUUAGGGAUACCAGCUUCAUUAUCUCAUACAUUUAAACGUAGAAACUGGCUCCGUCAAAGAUUAGCAGAUGUGAUAUAUGCUCUCUUAAGCAGAUUCUCAUGAAUUCUGCACUCUGCUUGUUUGAAAACAGGAGUAUAUAGAUGCAUGUGAGGUUUUAUUUCUGUGGGAAACUCGUUUGGUGGCCAGGAUUGAAUUGGAGUGUAUAAUUCACCGUAUGCAGUGUAUGGAUUAGCCGCGAAGGAAACUUCUUUUCCACCUCAGUAGGAUUGGAAGCAGUCCUUUUGGCCAUACUCUCUAGGGAAUCAACCAUCUCGGUUAAUCCUAUAUUCUAAAAACUAUAAUUUUACAUUAAACUAAACUCGUCCUUCGCCUCGUGCUUGCCAAUUGACUUUUUCAGUUACCGUCCGAUGUAGAUUGUUCUGUAGCAUUAAUAGUUGGAAUCUCCAAAGUUUCAUCGGACGUAGCCUUUGCCACCAUGUGCUAACUUCCAGUUACGUCCGGACUUUGUCAACAACAACAAUAAAGCCUUAUUCCAUUAAGUAGAGUCGGUUAUAUGAAUCAUAGAACGCAAGUGCAAUUGUUUUUGAACCAAGUCUUCUUUUAGUUCUAAGUACUCCAUCUCUUUUCUCAGCUCCAGACUUUAUACCUAAUAAAACAUGAAAUCAUUAAGGGCAUCAAUGUGAUGGUGACCAAAUAUCCAAUGACCAAGAAAAUUUAAUUUGUCUCAUACUAUGUCUUUUAGUGUGAUGGCAAAGAUUGUCUUCAUGCAUUUGGGGUUUAUGAUUCAUCAAACCAGUCUCUUGACUAGCCGAACGGACAUUGCCAUGAACUGAUGUUUUUGCCGUCUUGCAUUUGUUGUAGAUCAUCAAAUCAAUGUCUAGAGAACUUAGACAAACUUAUGGUUCGAAAACUCCAAAUCCUUCGAAAAUUAAAAUGUUCUCUAUUGUAUGACAUACACCAGAUGAAUGAAAUGAUGGAUCUGCGGCUAGAGGUGGAUCCAUGGAGAGACCACGGUGGUCCUAGGACUCUUCGGAGGCCGGAAAAAUACCUAUGAAGGUCUUUCAGGAACUCUCCAAAUGUUUCGACAAGGAAACUGACCUACACCUAGGGAUAGCAUUCCAAAUAGACUGAAAGAGUGAUGAAGCCCUAUAAGUUGACCUUUUAUAUUUAAUGACCUAGCUAAAAAUGACGUUUAGGUAGACUUUGUAAUUUAUAAUGCUAUUGUUACCAUAAUUUAUGAAUGAAGAGUUAUUUUUUAAUUUCUCAAUGUUGUUUUAUCCAAUAUUUUUUUUAGAACCUUUUACAUUAUAGGACCCUCGAGAUCAAAAUCUAAAUCCGCCACUGUUUGCCGCAAAGACUCCAAAAACCAAGGGCGGCUAAAGAUCCCAAUUGAACACUAGACACCAGUGCUUACUAAUCAAAUGUGUACCAACAGAUGCAAAACAACAAAGCAUUAUGCUUUUAUAUAUCACUGCACUACGAACAGCUAAAACUUAUCUUUCAAGCCAAACCUACCAUCUUGAUUUUUGCCUUGUUAUCUCCAGACCUCCCCUUACUCGACUCCUAUUUCUAUCGAAUUCAAUUGCCUUUGAUCCGUCUCUCUCUGUUGCACAACAAAAGCCACCCGAAUCAUGGAUGCCCUUCUCCUCACAGUUUUCCUCUUCCUCAUCCCCGUCUUCUUUCUCCUUACAAGAAGAAAAAAAUCACCAGAACGGCUUCCUCCCGGCUCAUUGGGACUACCCAUUAUAGGUCAAAGCCUUGGUUUGCUUAGAGCCAUGCGUGCCAACACUGCCGAAAAGUGGCUUGAACGAAGAAUCACAAGGUAUGGUCCAGUUUCAAAGAUGAGUCUCUUUGGCAAGCCAACAGUCUUCAUUCAUGGACAGGCUGCCAACAAGUUUGUAUUCAACAGUGAUGGCACAUCAUUUACCAGUCAACAACCUGAGUCUACACGUAUGAUUUUGGGCGACCGGAAUAUACUGGAACUGAGCGGCGAGGAUCACAAGCGUGUCAGAAGUGCUCUUAUGUUUUUCUUGAAGCCCGAGUCACUGAAGCGAUAUGUCGGAAAAAUGGAUGAAGAAAUCAGGAACCAUCUUGAGAUGCACUGGCAUGGCAAGCAAAAAAUAACAGUUUUGCCACUGAUGAAGAACCUCACAUUCAACAUAAUAUGCUCUCUACUUUUUGGGGUCGAACGAGGACCUCGCAGAGACGAACUCAUUGAGUGUUUCCGACAAAUGAUAGAAGGACUCUGGUCAGUCCCUGUUAAUUUGCCCUUCACGCGUUACAACCAAAGCCUCAAGGCGAGCAAGAAGGUUCAAAAAAUGCUCAAGGAACUCGUAUGUGAAAAGAGGGUACAACUUGAGCAAAAAACUACUUCUCCACUCCAAGAUCUUGUAACUUGUUUGCUUAACAUUCGAAACAUUAACAACGAAGAAGAAUUAACGGAAAAUGAGAUCCUGCACAAUAUCAUGGUAGUUAUGGUCGCAGGAUAUGACACUUCAUCUGUUGUGAUUACUUUUCUUUUGCGGCUUCUAGCGAAUGAACCUGCUAUCCAUGCAGCCGUUCUUCAAGAACAAGAAGAAAUAGCUAGGAGCAAGUCCUCAGGAGAAUUUCUAACAUGGGAAGACCUUUCCAAGAUGAAGUACACAUGGAGAGUGACAAUGGAAAUUCUGAGGACAACUCCGCCCGUCUUUGGCGGCAUGAGGACAGCUAUCAAAGAUACCGAGUAUGGAGGAUUCCUCAUCCCGAAAGGGUGGCAAGUAUUCUGGGCUAUUCCUAUGACACACAAUGACGGUAGUAUAUUCCCGGAGCCAUCAAAUUUUGAUCCGAGUAGGUUCGAGAACCAAGCAUCAGUUCCGCCUUACAGCUUCGUUGCAUUUGGAGGAGGAUCUCGAAUAUGUCCAGGAUACGAGUUUGCCAGGAUUGAAAUCCUUGUUUCAAUCCAUUAUAUGGUAACUCAGUUCACGUGGAAGCUAUGCGCAGACAACAAAUUCAGCAGGGUUCCCAUGCCGGUACCUACACAAGGACUGCCUAUUGAAAUCAUGCCACGGAAACCAAUGAAUUAAGUAGAGGUCGAUUUGAUAUUAUGAUUGCGAUUUGAGACAAAUGUGCACUGUAGUAAGAGCUCGCAGUUUGUUAAAUAAAUAAAGAAACCCACAAUAAUUCAUGAUUUUCAUUUAUUAAAAUAUAAAAUAAAAAAAAUUUGUAACAAGUACAUAAACCACUCGCCUCGAUCGGUAGCUGAAACCUCAGCAAGACAAGCUUUCUGCCGAAUCCCACCAAGACAACCAAUUACUUUCUGUUCCUUCUUUUCCCUCCCCUCACUCUCUGCGUAAGCACUCUUACA